AUGCUAAAUGGUACCCUUUCUGAUUCAUCUGAUUUGAACUUUGGUGUCCCGCAGGGUUCGUGUUUGGGGCCUCUUCUUUUUAUAUUAUAUGCCUCCAAACUGUUCGAUAUUAUUAACAAUCACUCGCCAGAUUUACAUGGUUUUGCUGAUGACACUCAGUUGUAUGUGUCAUUCAAACCUGACUACCCAUGCGAUCAAUGUGAAGCGAUCUCGGUAAUGGAAAGCUGUGUCAACGAUCUUCGGAAAUGGAUGAUUCAAGAUAAAUUGAAACUAAAUGACGGUAAAACUGAACUGUUAAUAAUUGGAUCUAAGCAGCAACUGCACAAACUUAACCCAUGCCAUGUACGUGUCGGGAAUGCUGAUGUCCUUCCUGUACCAAUAGCUCGUGAUCUAGGAGUUUGGCUUGAUUCAAAUUUAAAAAUGUCAUGUCAUAUAACAAAGACAUGUGGUGCCGCAUUCUAUUGGCUUCACAACAUCAAACGCAUCAGCAAGUUUUUAUCUCGGGAAAAUCUGUUGACUGUUAUACACGCCUUUGUUACAAGUCGACUAGAUUAUUGUAAUGGUCUCCUGUAUGGUUUACCAAAUACUGAACUGAUUAAGUUGCAGAGGGUUCAAAACGCCGCUGCGAGAUUAGUGACUUCAACACGAAAAUACGAUCACAUUACACCUAUAUUACGUGAACUACACUGGUUACCUGUGAAGUUCAGGAUCCAUUUUAAACUGCUAUUGCUUACUUUUAAAGCUUUACAUGGAAUGGCUCCAAAGUACAUAGUAGAUCUACUCGUUGUUAAAGUGGAAGGAAACUACCUUUUACGCUCUAAUGAUAGCAUAAUGCUAGAGUUCCCUAAGGGUAAAUUUUUACGGUCAUUUGGCGACCGAUCUUUCACUAUGGCAGCUCCGAAACUUUGGAAUGAACUUCCGAAAGAAAUUCGUGACAUUUCGUCAAUAAACGUUUUUAAAACUUGUCUUAAGACUCAUCUUUUUAAACUAGCUUUUAGUAUUUAGUUUAUAUUAAAGUUAACAUUUCAACAUUUUAAUACGCUUUUAACAUUAGUUAUAUUGUAAUGCAGCGCUUUUGAUCAUUACAUGUAAAAAGCGCUUUAUAAAUUAUUAAAUUAUUAUUAUUAUUAUUAUUUUAGUCUUCUAUAUUUACUGUUGUCAUCUAGUUACAAUCCAGUGA